AGAGAUAUCAUCAUUUUUCUUCAGCAAAAACGCCAUGGGAGGUCUGAAAGCUGCUGGUUUUUCAUACUUUGACAUAUGAUGUUAUAUAAUGCCCGUAAAGUGCUAAAAAGGGGAAAAAAGGCUAAGGAAGAAAAUGCCACCCUAAGUACCUCAAUCCCCUGCCCCUCAAAUCACUCCCUCGGUUCAGUUUUCUAGUACUGCAGCCUCAAACAGUCCCCAGUUUGGCAGAGCAGCUAGAAUGAUGAUGUUCCCCGGAAAGAAACUACUCCCUCUGCUUGUUUUCAUCCUUGCAUGCCUUUCUAUACUCAGACUUGUUAAAAUUGCCAUCAAUACUUCACAUUCUUCAUCUCCAGCUGCUGCUUUCUCGUCGUCUGUGGAACAGAAAGUUCCAUCAAAUGCAGCAGGGGUAUACAUAGGUUCACAUAAAACCUCCCUCAAUGCAACUCUUCUCGCCCCCAAGGAGUUCAUGUUUCUUUCCGAUCUCAUUAGGCGUAAAGCACCUUGUAACCUUCUUAUUUUUGGUCUUCAACCCCAAUACCUCAAUCUCUCAUCAAUUAAUGCAGGUGGCAUCACUAUUUUUCUGGAGGAUGACCCUUACAAGAUAAGUGAAAUCGAUGCUGAUUCUAAUGGGACUCAUAUUUAUAAGGUUGAGUACGAGGUACCAGCAAAGAAGGCAUACGAACUGCUCAAGCAUGCAAGGGAAAGUCCUGCUUGUGCUCCUGCCACUAGUUUGCUCCUACAAUCAACUUGCAAAUUGGCAUUGAGAAGUUUACCAAAACAAGUGUAUCAGCUUAAAUGGGAUGUGGUGGUGGUAGACGGACCAAUUGGGGACGCACCAGAAGCACCAGGCAGGAUGUCCACCAUCUACACUGCAAGCAUGUUAGCCCGAGCUGGGACGACGACUCAUGUUCUGGUACACGACGUUCAUCGGACGAUUGAAAAAUGGUUUUCUUGGGAAUUCCUUUGUGAAGAGAACUUGGUUUCUUCUAAAGGAAAGUUCUGGAAUUUUAGCAUCUCCAAUCACUCAAAUUCUACAAGGUUUUGCUCUUCUGAUACGGUUCGGAUAGUGAAUUAGCCUUCCUUUUCUGAAGCAACAGAACAAUCAGUAGCAUCAUUGCUACGGGUUGGGCAUCCUAAAAUUUGGGAAUAAGAAAACAUCACAUUGUGCAUUAUAAAAGAUAUAUUUGAUCAGAUGUUAUAUAUAAAUAACAUAUUUAUCCCCUACUUAGUUAUUGCUGGAAUUCAGGCUCGAACGGGCAUGAUAUAUUAACCUUUAGCAUUAUGAGAGUGCAAAUACCUGGAAUUAGAUAUUUCUUUCAUGUGCCAUGCGUGUAAAUGAACACUACAUGCUCCAGGUCAGUCAAAAUCGGAGAAUGUGACUGCCUUGUUGCAUAAUCUGUUGGUAUCAGUGUAAAUUUAGAAGCAAUAGAUGCACUUAGUUGGUACUAAAA